GGCUACAGAAUAGAUCAGUACUUCUAUCCGAUAGUGAUUCAUUGUUAUCUAACCGUAUACUCUCAUGUGACCGCCACGGUUGCUGCUGAUACCUUCUACUUCGCUUUGAUUCAACAUGCCUGCGGGAUGUUCUCGGUUGUCGGUAGCUUCCAGACACAUGCUGGAACAUAUUGGCGAGGAUAUUAAUGAAAAUUUUAAUCUGAAGCCCCACAAAAUGAAUGACAAUGAUUACAAUAAAGCUCUCAGUUGCUUACGCAAGCAUCUGCAUGUAAUAAAAUUCGCAGAACUGAUCGAUUCCACGUUUGCCAAUAUAUUCUUGGUCAGCGUUAGUUUGAAUAUGAUCGGUGGCAGUAUAUGCGGUAUUCAAGUGCUGAUGAAUCUAAAUGACGCGAAAGACAUAGUAGCACCUCUCGCUAUUUACAUUGCUCAACUCACCCAUCUUUUCUUUCAAUUUUGGCAGGCUCAAUUUUUAUUAGAUUACAGCGUCGUUCCAUACGAAUCGAUGUAA